CUGCUCAUUUGUUUCUUGGGAAAGAGGAAUCAUUCGUUGAAAGUUUGAUCCCUUGGCAUGAAAAUAUGGAAGACCAAAAAGAGAAAGUGACUGGGCCAGGGUCACAAGAUUGUGAGGCUCUUGGUGCAAGCCCUUUCCAUUAAAACAAUUGUGGGGAAGACAGGACACCCCUCUCUCCUACUAAAUGUAAAGGUGCUACAGGGAAGGGCUGCUGUUUUGUGAGGGGUUUUGAAUAGAGGAGGAAAGGAAGGAGCUUUAGAACUGUAUCUCACAUGUUCACCUAUACCCAGUUCUUCAUCACCCCAGGUGGAGCCUCCCGUACUAGCCCAUCCAUAGGGGCCAACCUAGAACUCUGGCUUAGCCUUUCUGUCCUGUCUUCAUCCCUCUUCUCCCUCCCAGAACCCAACUGCUGUCACUUCAUGUUCUGCCAAGGAGGAGGGAACUGCAGUGACAGCAGGAGUAACCGAGUGGGAGGCAGGACAGAGCUGCAGGACACAGAGAGGUAUGGAGAGGGAGGUCCAGAGGCCAGAUGACAGUGAGACCCAGAGAGAGGGCAGAGGAGCAGGGUGAGGGGUAGUGAGUGCCCAGGGCAGCAGAAAGGGGGCAGAAGAUAAGACACUUGUGAGCCGAAGAGGCACUCAGCCAUGUUGGGAGCAAGAAGACACUGGCUGCCAGAUCCCUUGCACAGCCUGGAGCUGCCCGUAGCCCUGUUGCUUCUGGCCCUGGGAGCAGGGUUGGCCCAGGAGGGGUCAGAGCCUGUCCUGUUGGAGGGUGAAUGCUUGGUGGUCUGUGAGCCUGGCCGAGCUGCUGCAGGGGGCCCCGGGGGAGCAGCCCUGGGAGAGGCGCCCCCCGGAAGAGUGGCAUUUGCUGCAGUUAGAAGCCACCACCAUGAGCCAGCAGGGGAGACCGGCAACGGCACCAGCGGGGCUAUCUACUUUGACCAGGUCCUGGUAAAUGAGGGCGGUGGCUUUGACCGGGCCUCAGGCUCCUUCGUGGCCCCUGUCCGGGGAGUCUACAGCUUCCGGUUCCAUGUGGUGAAGGUGUACAAUCGCCAAACUGUGCAGGUAAGCCUGAUGUUGAAUACAUGGCCUGUCAUCUCAGCCUUUGCCAAUGAUCCUGAUGUGACCCGGGAGGCGGCCACCAGCUCUGUGUUGCUUCCCCUGGACCCUGGGGACCGGGUGUCCCUGCGCCUACGUCGGGGGAAUCUGCUAGGUGGCUGGAAAUACUCAAGUUUCUCUGGCUUCCUCAUCUUCCCACUCUGAAGACUCAGAUCCUUCGAAGACGCAGCCCCCAUCACUGCCUUCUGCCCUCCCCUGUCCCAAUAAAAACAUCUUUGGGGCAGGAAAGUGGUUAGGAGAGUGGUUCCCUCAGGUUAUCUAUAUCCCACCUCUUUGCAUGUGCCAAAUACCCAAGGUUAAGAAUAGAGAAGAGCAGAGUUGGGCAGCUCAGACCUGGCCCUUCUCACAGUCCACCCCUCAUCCCUGGUUGCCCUUCUAGUCUCCUGCCACAUUUCUUUGUACCUGCAGCUCUAGAAUCAGGGCAAGGUCUGGCAGGGAAAGAGACUUGCUCUAUUUUGCAGUUUUUGCUCCUCCUAUUCCCCUAUCCCAGCUUCCUGCUCAGCGCUAUUUGGAGACAGGUGGUGCAGGUAGGCCUGACAGGCUCCUACAGGGGCCCAGAUGGACCAGCCUUAGAGUACCCUGCAGGCUCCUUCCUGUGAAGAGUGCCAACAUCAUGGGUCUCAGCCAUCACCGUAUGGGCUGGGGUAGGAGGCUCAGCUACAAGCAAAGUAUGGGGAGGGCCACAGAGCACUCCACAGGGUUCAUGAGCCAGGAAGGGGCAUAUGCCUAGCCUAAACACAGUACAUAUUUUGCAUGUACUGGGACAACUGGCAGGCAGGGAUCCUGGCUGUACACUUAUACCAGGACCCAGAUGGACUCUGGCCCUCAUCUUCCCACCCAAGACUUGGGUGUGUAUGUUUGCUCUGGCUGAGAGCAGAUGUACAGAGCUGGAGAUGCGGGUAGAAGGUCACACAUGGACCAUGGAACACAUCCAUGACCACAUAUCCUUUGCUUGACCACCUCCUAGAAUUACUCCACCUUUGAAGUCUGAACUUAAGUCACUCCACACUUCAGAGUGACCACCACCUCCUUACUCCUGGGCUCUCACUCAUUUACCUUCACUGUACCUGUUUCAACCUGUCUCCACUAUCUCUCUUCUUUUUAAUAAUCUGUACUAUCUUAUGCUCCUUCCUAAGCUUCCUAUUACCUGGUAUUCUAUAAUUUGUACCUUCAGCUACUCUCUGACAGUAUCAUAAGCUCUUGCAUGCUCACGUUCACACUCACACACACACAUAUACACCCGUCCCCCUCCAUCCCACUAUCCCAUUGGUCCAGCAUGGAUGAAUCUAUCAAUAUAGUAAUUACAGAAUGGUAAUCACUCUCCCUGUAGAGAGAAGAUGUAUUUUGGAUCAGGGAUUGCAAGAUAAAAGCAGAUGUGGUAUGUUGUAAA